AUGACUAAAUUUUUGAUAUUUUUAUAAAAGUCUGUCUUCUAUAAGAAUAAUUGUUCAACUCUCAUUGUAGAUAUAAAGAAAAAAGUCACAGAUGGAAUGGUAACAAAUCAAUAAUAUUCCCUUUGAACUGUAAUAAAAUAUCACUGAUUCCGACUUAGAAUGUUUGAAUGUUCUGUAAACUGUUUUUGUUUUUAUUUAGUUUUUUUUUUUUAGGUAUAUAUUUGUUUCCCUCUCAGGGUGAAGACAUUUGUUUUGCUGCAUCAUGUUUGGUGUGAUAGGGUCGUAGCAGCGCACUUACCUGUCCUUUUCAUUAAUUAAAUUAUGGUAGAAAGAUGUAGACAUUGGAAAGCCUGCAUUAAUUUCCCAGAAAAUGAUGGCUCAUUCAUUUCAGAAAGAAGCUGAAGAGGAACCCUCAAAAGAUCUGCAGCAGGAAAUCGAAGAGAAAAAACAUGCUUUCAAGUAUUGUAUAAACUCUAAGACAUUUUCAGUGGCAUGUAAAACAUCCAUGACUGUGCUUGAGGCUCUUAAUACAAGCAAAAAAUUCAGGAAUGAAAAAAACAAAAAGAACACACAGAAAGAAAUACUCAUCCAGAGAUCCAAAGGAGAACAUCAUGGAGCUGCUGUGAAGACAGAUUUCCCCUGCUGUCUUAUUGAAAAAGAUGAAACCUUAGAUAUAACCUUCAUUCAAAAGGAUAGAAAUAGUUCUACAAAUCAACAAACAACUGCAGAUCCUUCACUCCUCAGUAAAAGAAGUAAACCUGAAGCAUUAGUCACCUUUUGGGUUAAAAAAGAAGGAGGACCAGGAGUGACAUGUUUACUGAAGAGCAAAGCACUGAGGAAAAGGGUUCACUAUGUUUGUGUGUUUGCAUUCAAAGGAGAUGAAGCCGAAACUGCUCUUAAACGUGAUGGACGAUUCAGCGAUGUCAUUUUCAGGAAACAAUGUGGACUUUGUGAGAUUGGUACAGAGACAAUACAUGAACUGUCAAUACCAGUGGAGGAUCUUGACAGAAAGCCUUUCCAUGUAGUUGUUAUCAGUGAGGAUAAUCUGCCAGACAGACAGGAUGAUGUGACUCAUGUCAAAACUGAGCCUAAUGUAGCUUCAGAUGCGGCAGAAAAUGCCAGCCCAAGCCAGAAUCCCAUCAACAUUAAGCAAGAAAAAAAACAAGAUGUAAACACAACAAAGUCAACCAAUCCUUCAACUAAGCGGUAUGUAGUUAAACCCAUAGACAACUCUGAAGAGAUUCUGGGAAUUCUGCGUGAUCAGUUUAAAGAUUUACUGGAGACGUUAAAGCAGCGAGAGAACCUAAAGACCACGUCUGAGGUCCAAACGUUCCUCAGAGCAGAAUAUCAUAAAAGUGUUGAGAAUUUCUUGGAGGUGAAGAAAGUGAAGGAGCUCAUGAGACUCUCUAACUCUGUGUGUCAGAUUCGAUUCAGGGGGUCUGCCAUAGGAACCGGCUUCUUACUCUUCGAUAAAUUCAUCCUCACUAAUGCUCAUGUUAUUGGUAAAUCGAUUGACCUUACGACAGUUAACUUUGCAGAGUUCACCGCUGUAUUUGAUUAUGAAGACCUGGAUUCACAGAUCAAGCGCAUACCAGUUAAACAACACGCAGCUUACUCUUAUGGGAAUAUUGAGAGUGGUAGGCAUCUUGACUAUGCUCUUCUUGAAUUGGAUGCUGUUGAUGAAAUUCCAGAGUAUCCUGAAUUGCUCAGUUGUUGCAGUCCAAACCAUCUUAUUAACAGUGGUCAGAUCUGCAUUGUGGGACAUCCACAUGAAGGAGUCAAGAAAAUGGAUCCGUGCUUCAUCAUUGAGAAAGAGAAACGACUGGAGGCUGAAAAAAAACAUAAAUCUGAGAAUGACCAUUUAAUUCAAGUUAUGACACAAAAGUCUGUGGAAGAGAAAUGGGGCUUUUUUGACAACCAGAUUACUUAUGACUCUUGUUUCUUUCAUGGAUCUUCUGGCUCUCCAGUUUUUGAUGUAGACUGCAAUCUGAUUGGCAUCCACACUGGUGGCUAUGAGUACAAAAAAACAAAAAAAACAACUUGGAGCGUUAUGGAAUAUGGCUUUACUAUGCAGCCCAUCCUAGAUCACAUCAAAGCACAGGCUAAGAUAAAAGGUUUGCAUGAUAUUGUCAAUAUCUUAGAACCCUACACCAAUAAAAGCAACAUGUCUGGGGCUGCAGAGCAAGAGAAUCAGACCGACUCUGUGAUGGACGAUGCCGAAGAGCCUGAAGAGUCUUGAAU